AUGUCUCGCAACCUCCUCAUAUACCUCUUCGCCCUAUCCUCCCUAUCCUCUUCGUCAGUCGCAUUCCGUCAUGGACAGAACCAACUGCGAGAUCUGUACGCCUAUCCGAAGUACGAGAUUCAGUUUCUGAAUGAUCUGCCAUUAUCGAGAUCUGAUGCUGAGCGAUGUCAGACUUUGGGAUUGGAUGGUGAAGGAGAUUGGUUGAAAGCGAAAGCCGGUGAAGGAAGGAGAAGGUUGGGUGAUGGGAAUGAAGUGGGAAAAGACCACCUCGAACUGAUUCCUAUGAACUUUGCUCACCCAUCGGAACCAUCCGGCACGCCAUACCCGUACCUUUGUCUAAUGCCUUCGAGAAAUACCACUACGUCUCAGACGGAUCUGAUAGAUAAGUUAGAUCAGGUGGAAGAGGUGGAAGAUGAAUUGGAUCCCGUACAGGGUUGGCAGGCUUUGAGUCAUUUAGAUGGGAAAUGUCUGUUUACUAAACAAGGGUGGUUCACUUAUUCAUACUGCCAUAAUUCACAUAUCCGUCAAUUCCAUGCAGCACCUCAUCCCCAUCCUCACCCACCUGGUGGUCUAGUCCCAACUGAAGAUACGCACUUUGACGCCUACACUUUAGGUCAAGUCUCUCCAGGUGCUAGACAGAGGUUCGCUGCGGGGCAACAUCAACCUCAACCAGUCAGCAGUGCUGGUGGUGAGGCUAAACAGAAAGAUCUUCAAAUACCUAAUUCAUCCGCGCAAAAAUCGAAUGCUUUACCAUCUAUAUCCAUAGGAAGCUCAUCAUCUUCUCGAUCUCGAUACCUAGUUCAAAAAUGGUCAUAUGGUACAAGAUGUGAUAAAACUGGUAAACCGCGUGAAGUGGAAGUUCAAAUUCAUUGUUCGAUGACUACUUCGGAUAUCAUUUACAUGAUCAAGGAGUUGUCUAUAUGUCAAUAUGUUUUGAUCAUCCAUUCGCCAUAUUUAUGUGGAUUGCCGGGAUUCAAAAAUCAUAAUGAUCAUUUGGAUGAGAUCAGACCUGCGCCGAUCAGAUGUAGACAGGUGGUGGAUGAUCAAGAUUGGCUUGAAUGGGAAAAAGAGAAUCAACAAGGACAAAAUCAAAAACAAAAACAAAAACAACAACAAGCGGGAUUAGGAUUAGAUGAGAUUGAAGAUAAACAUCAGAGUCAAGGACAACAGUUGCAAUUACCGUAUGGUAAGAGACCUACUGGAGCUGAUACUCCGCCUUCAGAGAAAGAUGGACAAGGGAUCAAACAUCAUUUUGGAUUACAAGGACCCAACGAGAAAUUUCCUAAUGGUAUAUUGAACGAGAAUGGGAACGGGGAUGAGGAAAUCGAAAUUGUAUUUGAAGGAUCAGAUGUUGAAGAUGAAUCACUUCGAAACAUGUUAAAGCAAGCUCUAGAUUUAUUAGGUAAGAAAACUUUAUUGGGUAAAUCGAAAACUGCCGAUACCAACAAGCAAGAAGAGGAAGAAGAAGAAGAAGAGGAAAUUAAAGGCGAACAAGUUAUUUUUUAUUCUUGGGAAGAAGGUGAUGAAGAUGAUGAACAAGGUCCGAUAUUGUUAAAUGCGGAUUUAGUAGUUUUGGAUGAUGAUGAUUCUGAAGGAGAAGGAGAAGGAGAAGGAGUGAAGGAAAAAGCAAGAGUACAAUUGGGGAAUAAAGAGAAAGAUGUUUUAGAGAAGGUGGUAAGGGAUUUCCUAAGUCAGAAGAAAGAUAAGGAUACAAAGCGGGAGAAGAAGGAUAGAAACAAGGACGAGUUGUGA